AUUUUGGAUAUUCCUGUUUAGAGUUAUUCCUUUUUAGAGUUCCCCUUGGGGAGUAUGCAUGGAUAGGGCUGGAUGAUCAGUCACAGGAACAGCACUUUCGUUUCAAUGACGACGAGGCUUUAGUCAUCAGCAACUACAGAAGUAGCCCGUGGGACAGUGGAAGUCCAACUGAUGACGUCAACAAAAAUUGUGUGAAAGUUUUGCACAAAGAUGAAAGAUCCUUUAAAUUCUUUGACGAAAAUUGCAGUGUCAAACUACCAAUAGUCUGUCAAAUCGACCUUUCUUAUGACAUGAUUUCCUCUACAAAUGUUGAAACAAUUUCCAGCACAUUCACAAAUGCACCGCAAAGCAACAUUGCAACAAGUUACGGCCUCAAAGAAACAUCGCAAAGCAGUUUAGCAACGAGCUACAGCCAGCUCCAAUCAGCAUCUACAUCAUCGACAUCCGUGCAUGUACCUAGUUGUUGCAUCUGCAACCACAGAAACGCAUCGUUGUCAAGCAAAACUGAUCAUCUGAUAAACAAGUUGAGGAUGGAGAAAAAAUCUCUUUCGUCUUAUAAACGGACAAAAAUAUCUGCCGAAGAUGACCGUGUGACGUCAAAAUACUUAGGGUGGUUUGGAGGGAUUAUAGUGACUUUACUAUUUUGUUUCAUCGUUUUCUUGGACGUCCUGCAAAUCCUGAAUUCAUCUUCUUACUUUUCUAAUCUUACUCCAAAGUAA